AUGUCACUCCAAGUCACCGCCACUCCGCCGACUGCGGUAGAGAUGGAGCUACAUUUGUGGACCUGCUUAACGGCCCUCAAGGCGGUUGAGGAGGAUGAAACCGAAGCCCUAAAGGUUUUAAAAUUCCCUUACGUUGAAUUUCCCAUCGGAAAAGACCAGAGGGUCAAAGACUACUUCCUGUUUGAACUCUCGGGCAUUCAGUUACGCUACGAAACGUCCCCUGCAGCACAGCUUGUGUUCUGCGACUGGGAUCCCAUUGAAAAUUCGAUUAUGCUCCGAGUUCCCAGCAUGAUCCAGAGGGUCUUUGCGGACUCGAUCUGCCAGUUCUUCACCCGCCGUCUACAAGACGUCCAGAGAGCCUACCCGGACCAAACCUUCCUUCACAACAUCACCUCUGUACGCAACCACGCCUACGUCCCCUGCGGAACCGCCUUGUAUGACUCGACUACCCUCUUCCCAGACAUCGCCUGGUACCACGACCAUAAGAACACCAGCACCCCAUCUCUAGUCAUGGAGAUUAGCGACGAGAGGAAGUCGUCUCUCAUGUGGGACUUAGCAGACUUGUACAUCGAACUCGGCGGAGUUUGUUUUGGCGUUGAGUUCAUCAUCAACGCCACCACAGCGCGGCGCUUGGCAGAAGUGCGCGCGUGGGAAAUUGUAGAACAAGCAGACGGUUCGCGGUCCAUGGACCUGGCCUGGCAGGUCACGUUUCGUGAAGAUGAUGGCACCGUUCCAGAGAGGACCAUCACGCUUUGUGCUGACAACCUUGUCAGCGCCAACCCUCCGAAUGCCGUGCUCACGGGGGAAGGGCAUGCAGCGGCUAUGAUGCCGAUGGAUAUUUCGAGCACUUUCCUGGCCGCCGCGUUGCACCGUGCGGAGGAGUUUGCUGCUGCUCAUGGGCACCCGAAGCCUAUGUAG